UAUGGCUUCAUCAAAUCGACACUGGCCUAGCAUGUUCAAGUCCAAACCCUGCAACACUCACCCCCACCAAUGGCAGCAUGACCUCAACUCCCCCUCUCCCCUCCUGCCAACUGGAUGUCACACAACCCCUUACACUUCAGGAUGUGAAGAGAGGAGUGUGGAGCCAAAGCCAAGGUGGAACCCGAGGCCGGAACAGAUACGAAUUCUUGAAGCCAUUUUCAACUCGGGGAUGGUGAAUCCCCCAAGGGAUGAGAUAAAGAAGAUCAGAACUCAGCUACAGGAGUACGGCCAAGUUGGAGACGCCAACGUCUUCUACUGGUUCCAGAACAGAAAAUCCAGAAGCAAACACAAGCAACGCCACGUCCCCAACUCCUCCAAACCACAAGUACCCUCCCCACCAUCAAUCACCACCACUUCUGCUGCUUCAUCUUCCUCAUCCACCUCUUCAGACAAAUCCCCUCCAAAGUCCUCAGCCCAGAAGGUCCAAUGUUCUUCGAAUGCCGUCGCUAAUGUUUCCAACUCUCCGACCGGCUUGGCAAACCACGGUUUGUUGAAGGAACCCUUUUUGUCGCCGAUGCAGCAGCAGCAGCAGAUGGGAGGAGCUAAUUCUGUGUUUGGGCCGCCGGGGCUUUGCUUCUCUGAUCAUGAGAUUACCCACUACACGGAGCUUUUGCUUGGGGAAAUGACCAGUCAGUACAGAGAUUUGAAAAGGGAAGGGGAGAAGAUGAAGGAACAGCUGAAUUAUACUGCAAGUAGUACUGAUCCUCACAGCCUUCUACUUACUGCUGCUACUCCUACUACUGUGACUGUUGCUUCCACCAGUGUCCAUCAAGCUCAAGGUGGUGGGGUGAGUCCGGCGCCUGCGAAAUCAACGGUGUUCAUCAAUGACGUAGCGUUCGAGGUGAGCGCGGGGCCCUUUAACGUUAGCGGGGCUUUCGGCGACGGAGCUCUCCUCGUCCACUCCUCCGGUCAACCCGUUCUCACCAACGAGUUGGGGUUCACUCUCCAUCCUCUCCAGCACGGCGCAUUUUAUUAUCUGCUGCGCACGUUAACCCCCUUGUGCGAAAGACACGAAUACGCAAAUGAAGCAGCCGCCGAUACGGUGCUUCAACAGUUCCCAUUCUAAUUAAUUACUUCUGCAGUCCUAACACGACGCAAAGCCAGCUUAAUUG